AGUAACUGAAGGAAACAGGGAGCUCCACGUUGGUUGUUUGAUAUCGAUUAUUGAACAAGCGGAAGAAAGAAACGCAGUGUGGAAGAUGCCGACACGUUGUGAAAUAUGCUGCGAGAUAAUGAUCGCGAUCUUGAUCCCUCCUCUCGGAGUUUGCUUUCGCCACGGUUGUUGCAGCGUCGAAUUCAUCAUCUGCUUGCUCCUCACAAUUCUAGGUUAUAUUCCUGGUAUAAUCUAUGCUCUCUAUGCUAUUAUCUUCGUCGAUCGUGACCAGUACUUUGAUGAAUACAGGCGUCCUCUCUAUGCACAAUACUGAUGAUAAUUUUAGUUUGUAUGCCUAUGAGUGAUGCUCAUGUUGAUCGUGUGCUUAAUUACUGACAAUUUAAGCUCGUGUGCUUGUUGAAAUUGAUGGUUUGUAGAAUUUAUUGUUUACGCUCUCGAAGCUUCAAUGACUUUUAUGCCAUAAGGAUUCUUCUAUGUGUGCCUUUUGAUUUUGCAUA